UGCGAAAAAGUAAACAAAAAUAUUCAAGAGAGACAACCAAAGCCUCCUGUUCGAGUUCGACGGCCUGAUUUCCCUUCCUCUUCCAUUCUCGAUUCGCUGUUAUGUCUCAGAUCUGAGAUUUCUCCUCACCGAGAUCGGGGGCGAGACCUAAAUCUUUGCCGGAUUGAGCUCUUCCCCACCUUCUCCUUCCUUGGUUCGCCGGCAGGCUGCUCUAGUGGACCUAGGACGGCUCCGGUCCUUUUGGGCCUGGAAUCUCUGCCGCCGACAAUAUGCCUGUCGCGGCAUCUGCUAUUUACUUCUUGAAUCUGCGCGGAGAUGUCCUCAUUAAUCGUCUCUACCGCGAUGAUGUUGGUGGAAAUAUGGUGGAUGCUUUUCGGAUCCAUAUCAUGCAAACAAAAGAACUUGGCACAUGUCCUGUUCGGCAAAUUGGAGGCUGUUCCUUUCUCUACAUGAGAAUUAGCAAUGUGUACAUUGUGAUUGUCGUUAGCAGCAAUGCCAAUGUUGCAUGUGCUUUCAAGUUCGUCGCUGAGGCUGUUGUGCUAUUUAAAUCAUAUUUUGGGGGUGCAUUUGAUGAAGAUGCCAUCCGGAAUAACUUUGUUCUGAUUUAUGAACUUCUUGAUGAGAUUAUGGAUUUUGGUUACCCCCAAAAUCUUUCACCUGAAAUUUUGAAGCUUUACAUCACGCAGGAAGGUGUUCGCUCACCAUUUUCCUCCAAGCACUCUGAUAAGCCUGUCCCCAAUGCAACUCUACAAGUUACAGGUGCUGUUGGUUGGAGACGUGAGGGUCUUUUGUACAAGAAAAAUGAGGUCUUCCUGGACAUCGUUGAAAGUGUUAAUCUUCUUAUGUCCUCCAAAGGCAGUGUUCUACGUUGUGAUGUGUCUGGAAAGAUUCUGAUGAAGUGCUUUCUUUCUGGGAUGCCUGACCUAAAAUUAGGAUUAAAUGAUAAGAUUGGUCUCGAAAAGGAAUCACAGCUCAAAUCCAGGCCUAUUAAAAGUGGAAAGACCAUUGAACUAGAUGAUGUCACUUUUCAUCAAUGUGUAAAUUUGACGAGGUUCAACUCAGAAAAGACUGUCAGUUUUGUACCUCCUGAUGGUGAAUUUGAAUUGAUGAAGUAUCGUAUAACCGAGGGUGUAAAUCUUCCAUUUCGGGUACUACCAACAAUCAAGGAAUUGGGUAGAACAAGAAUGGAAGUAAAUGUCAAGGUUAAAAGUGUAUUUGGUGCCAAAAUGUUUGCUCUUGGUGUUGUGGUGAAAGUUCCUGUUCCUAAGCAAACUGCAAAAACAAGUUUCCAAGUGACAUCUGGUCGAGCCAAGUACAAUGCUUCUAUAGAUUGUUUAGUGUGGAAGAUCAAGAAAUUUCCUGGACAAACUGAGUCAACCAUGAGUGCGGAGGUUGAGUUAAUUUCAACAAUGGUUGAAAAGAAAUCAUGGACACGGCCACCUAUUCAAAUGGAAUUCCAGGUACCAAUGUUCACUGCAUCAGGUCUGCGGGUCCGGUUUCUGAAGGUAUGGGAGAAAAGUGGUUAUAACACAGUUGAAUGGGUUCGUUACAUCACCAAAGCUGGAUCAUAUGAAAUUAGAUGUUAGUUUAUGAACUGCAUAGAAACAACUAAAACAUCACCUUUGGAAGGGGCCAAGUGAGUUGGAGCUGGAUAGUUCAUGAGCAACAAUUCAGAUGGAUGGAUCCAUCUUCAAGCAUGAGCUCCCAGAUAUGUGAAAAUGCUGUGAAAUCCUUUGGAUGGCCACUGUAUUUUAUUUCCAUACAAAAUUUUAAAAGAAAAAACUUAUUUUUUUGUAUGAUUUUAGUAUUUUCGUUUGUACUUUUACUUGAUUGUCAAAUGUUUCAGUUGGAUAAUAGUAUUGGUUUCUGUUUCUUAUAUUGUUCAA